AUGAGAUUGCAUAACUAUGUAUUUACUUUUACACUUAUAUUAGUGAGUGCACUAUGUAGAGAUUUAAGUGAAGAUGAAAGAAGCACAAGAGCUGCAUUCAUACAGAAAUUAUUAAAUAAACAAAAACGGAUGGAGGGAAAAGUUAAGUUAUUGGGAGGAGAGAGUAACUUUGAAGGAAAUGUUUACAUCCACCACGCUGGACGUUGGGGAGCCGUAUGUGAUGAUUCCUGGGACAACGCAGCGGCCACAGUAGUGUGUCGGGCAUUUAAUAGAACUGGUGUAGCUACUCAUGGUGGACAAUAUGGAGAAGCUUUGGAAAAAUUCUGGAUGGACGAUGUGGUCUGCGAAGGUACUGAGACAGCUUUAAACCAUUGUAUUUUUUCUGGCUGGGGUUCAUCAGACUGCGACAGAAGCGAAGCAGCUGGAGUAAUAUGCUAUGAAGAGGAAAUUAGAGCGGAAGAAAUUCAAACGAGAUACUUGCAUGAAGUAGUGGAUAUAAGAGGUGCCAGCUUAAGACUGGUCGGAGGCAGGAACAGCUUUGAAGGAAGAGUGGAGGUCUAUUACAACAAUGUUUGGGGCAGCAUAUGCCCUGAUGGCUGGACGCUGUAUGAAGCUUCAGCUAUCUGCCACCACCUGGCCCUGGGUUAUGCUGAACAAGCUCUACAGACAGAUUACUUUGGCAGCUCUAGAAUUAUACUAAGUGGUGUGCAAUGUGAGGGAAAUGAAACAAAUUUGUUCUCUUGUAAGCAUCGAGAAUUUGGGAAUGUCAUGUGUCCCGGUGAGAAAGGACACGUAGCAGCAGUUAUAUGCAGUCACUAUUUAGCUGACUUACUACUUGAUACAAGCGCAAUAGAAAGUUCUGCACACUUGCAGGACGCACCUAUGUUCCAACUGCAAUGUGCUAUGGAAGAAAACUGUUUGAGUAAAUCCGCUUAUGAGAUUCAAAAAACAAAUCCAAACUGGCAAUUUGAAACACGAAGGCUGUUGCGGUUCACUGCCGCAUCUCUGAAUAUUGGAAAUGCUGAAUUCCGACCCUAUCUGCCCAAGCAUCUGUGGCAAUGGCAUCUAUGUCAUAUGCAUUACCACAGUAUGGAAGUAUUCGCAACAUUCGAUGUCUUAGACAGCUUUGGUCAAAGAAUUGCUGAAGGACACAAAGCUUCCUUUUGUUUGGAAGAUAAUACAUGCCUGCCUGGUAUUGAGAAGAAGUAUUCCUGUUUAAAUUAUGGUGAUCAGGGUGUAUCCGUGAACUGUUCUGAUAUAUACCAGUACAAUAUCGACUGCCAAUGGGUGGAUGUGACAGGUGUCGAGCCAGGCGACUACACGUUUAAGGUAGCUGUUAACCCACACGCGCGCGUAGCAGAACAAAGCUUCCACAACAAUGCCGCCUCGUGUUCACUGCGGCUUACUGAGACGUACGCUGCAGUAUACGGCUGUAAAUUGGGGCGACCUUAG